GCAGUGCACACAUCCUACUAUCGCAUGCGAGGCUGAUCUGUCUGCGCUACACACACAGGCGGACUUGCUGAAAACAUACCUCGUCACGUCGGGCAUGCCGACCAACGGUUUGCCGCUGUACGGCGGUGCGCACGCUGACAGCCUGUCACUGCCCGCUUAAUUAGUUUUGCAGUCACACCCACCGAAAACUGACCGAAAGUCACGCCUGGUUGUUAUUGUGUUGUCCUUUGCGUGUGUGUGAGGCAGUACCAGGGAGGCAGGAGAUAUAAGUAGAUACGGGAUGAAACGUGGAGUUCAGAGUGACUUCUGCGGUGAUGCCGUAAAGUCGUCUGUACUUCGUGAGGAAAUUACAGGUACAGCCCGGUUGUCGUCUUAAUCAUUUCGUCAUCCGUCUGUGGCUUUGCUGUGUUUGCUCUUCUCGGACAAAGCAUCUCCAAAACAUUGAACUUCAGCAAAAUAUUGGACUUCAUUAAGACAUUGAUGGCAAUACCUUAAUAAUGAGAUGAGCAGGAACUCAUUUCAGAUGUUUCAUGUGCUCCAUAUUCCUCAUUUCUUUCUGAGGCAACUAAAGAGAGCUGCUUUGUGGUAUCAAUCUCUCCUGUAGUUAUUCUGCCAUAUUGCUACUCUUACUUGAAAUGAUUUGAACUCGGGCGUUUUGGUUAUUUUGUGACCAGUGGAAUUUCCAUCGAAAACGACCCCUAUUCCUCUUCGCAGUACAUUUAGGCCUACACCUCACGGUGGGUUUCUGCACGUAACGAUAAUUUCUUUAUUUGAGUACGUGCAAUCGAAUUUCACAGGAUGUCUAUGUGCGAGUAGACAUGAUCGGACACCCAGUGUGUAUCUGUAUGUGCACGUAGCAGAAACCAAGAUUCUCAUAAACGUAACUAUAUGAUCUGGGAUUGUCCUAGACUCCUUGAAAAGAAAAAUGAAUUUCUCCAACUUCAACAACUCGAAUGACUCCGUGUGCAGGGAGAUUGAGGAGGAACAGCUGGAGGCCCUCUUGUACAGCCCCUUGGAAUUCUUGACGACUGUGGUGACACCUUGCAUCCUGGUCUUCGGAAUCAUCGGUAACUUCAGCUUUCUGGUGGUCGUGUUUCGCAUCAAAUGGAUGCGGACCGUGGUCAACUGCUACCUGGUCAAUCUGGCCGUGGCUGACAUCCUCUUCCUGCUCUUUGCAGCCGGCGAUCAGAUCCUGGCCUACCUGGUGACUCCCGUGGGUCGCGAUGACUACUUCCGCGGUAAGACGGGCUGCAUCUUGAUCCACCUCGUCAAGGAUGCCUGCUUCUUCUCAUCCCUGGCCCUCAUCACCUUGGUCACACUGCAGAAGUUCUACGCGGUCUGCCAGCCCUACCAGUACAAGCGCUGCACCGGCCGUCGACAGCCCACCAAGUUCAUCUUCGUGUCCUGGUUCCUGUCCGUCACCUUCGGCUGUCUGCUCAUUCCAGGCACGGCCAAAUUUGAGACCUUCUGCAUCAUCUGGCCGCAGAAUGACAGCUUCAAGGGAUUUCCGGAAAUCAUCGGGUUCUGUUUGCCGCACGACCACUUCGAGAUUAUCGGUAAGAUCCUUCAGUCGGUUCCUUUCUUGAUGGCGCUCAUCGUGAACUUUUACCUGUAUGGGAAGAUCAUCGUUGCUUUGCACAGGCGAACAACCUCGGGCAAAGGUUCCAACGAGAAAGCUCGCAUACGGACGAGAAAUCAAAUGGCACGAAUGGUCAUCGCCAACGGUAUCAUCUUCUUUUUGUGCUUGAGUCCGAUCCACAUCACCUCCCUCGUCACCGCCAUUAGAACGCUGACCCAGACUAUGCUGCUCACCCCAAGGCAAUUCACCCAGAUGCGAAAGGUGUUCCAGGUCAUAGCCCAUCUCAACUCCGCCAUUAACCCCAUUGUCUACAACGCUACCAACCCCAGGUACCGCCAGGCCUUCUGCCAGACAUUCUGCUGCUGUUGCCUGCCCAAGAACAGCAAGUAUCGCUCGGCCGUUCAGCUGAGGGAGGUCUCUGGUACCAAGACUGGUGGGACGGUAUCAGCUGACCGGAGCUUCUCGCCAAACUUCAUCCAUCGGACCACUGAUACGCAGAUAACGAGAAAUGAGGUCCUUUAGACGUGUGUAUUCCAGAUGUAGUCCAAAAGGGUGCACUCUGUGCGCCUUUAUUAAGUUGUUCCCAAGUGGGAACCUUUGCCUUUCAAUCUCCACGAGACGCCAAAAUGGCCUAACAGCAGCGUGCCAAUGCAUUGCAAGCUUAAUAAAAUUCACUUUAAAAAAAUCAUUGAUGGGCAAUGUUUAAACCAACAAGGUGCGUAUGUCAUCAAGGUACUUGUAAAUGUUGUGUAAAUAUUGUAUUUCAUUAUGUGUGCAUAACAUUUUCUAUAUUGCUAUUGUUGAAAUCUAAGUGUUUGGUAUACUGUUUCUGCUCACAAAAUCUCUUGAUUUACGACAAUACACUAAUUGCCAGUCCGAGAGCUGUUCGACACUUUAUACGGGAUGUAACAUCAGCCACCUUAGGGCUGAAUGUCAGAAUGUGCAAAUAACCUCUUCUAAAUUGCAUGAGACUUAAGUAAAACGGCACCUUUUUUUUUUACCGAUAAUAGACCGAUAAUGUUUCUAGUUAUCAGCUUUUUUCCCCCGCCCGACAAAUUAUUCAUGUGUCUGGGUGAAGAUCCCGCCCACUAUAUCGUGACGCCCAUGUAAUUGAGUUAACCGAUCCGCGGCAAAAUCAAGUCUCCGCACUAAAACGCUUCAGCAAAUUUACCUCUCGCAUCUGCCAGCUGCGGUUAGGAAAUUAGAAUGUCUUUGCUGCGUACCCCUGCAGUCAAAUAGCGCGGUCUCAAUUUCAUAAAAAGCGAAAGAAGUUAAACAAUAUCCUCUCCGGCAUGGACAGUUUGUUCAGCUUUCUGCUGCUAUUGUACACUGUGUAAUAAAAACACAUCUGUUCAAACACAUUUUGCAUUUACUCUACGGGUCCGGUCGGGAAAUAAUUUGCCGGAGAUUAUUUAAAAAAAUGUUUUUUUCUCAUCAAAUCCAAUUUCAACUUUCUUUCUUUCAAGCAUUUGACCGGUUGUAAAUGUCCAUAUUAAUAUUUGUUUUGAUUGUUCAAAACAUUAUCCUCCCAAGUCGAUGUUGGCAUAUAUUACCGAUUAUAGUUUGUAGACCUGUGUAUAUAUUUUUUGUUUUAAACAAAACCCUUUUUUUCUAAGUUUCUAUUAGUUUCUUGUAUUUCAUAAAUGAACCAGACUGUUUGAACAUGGUACAAUUUUGAAGCCAUUAUUGCCAUCCCCACCGGCAUUUUGCUGUAUGUUUUAAUUACACUUGCCUUACUAUUUGUUGAAGUUAAUUGCGCUGUUCGGUGCUUUUCCAUGUUCCAGCGGUUCACAUAUAUUACUUGUUUGAUCUAUUGCAACCACACUUAUUUUGACAGCACUUGACUCUCGACUGGCUAGGUAAAAAAGGAAUUGGUAAUUAAGUUAUAGGCACCUUUCCUCAUAAACACGGACACUGUAGCAGAUGCAGGUAACUGAUUAACUCACUGAUCUGACAAGAUGUUGUUAGGAAAAGCCGUUAACUGUUAUUUAUAUUAAUGUUUUAUUACCGAAAAAAAAUCACCGAAUGACAGCUUUUGAUAGGUGCGCUCCCGUCGAAGUCGAUUCGUUUUGGUUGUUCGUAUUGCAUCUUGUCUCAAUUCUGCGCUUGAUUAAACCUCGCCAGUUCCUGACGGAAAAAAAAUGAACAAGAAAAUAGUCCAAUCGAUUCGUCCAAUCUCUAACUUCAAGGCUCUGCGUGUGUAGUGCCGGAAAUAUUUUGUUAAUAUCCAUACAGGGCUUUUUGUUGUUUUUAAUAACACACCACGGCUGCGAUUGCUACAGCUUGAGCAAGGCAAACAUAAUUUGCCUUAAUUGCACGUGGGCGCAGCAAGAGAAUUAAAAGCGCAUAUAUAUUCCUUGAGAAAUGAUGGAUGGGGCAGGAUGCACACACGCUAGAACGCGCCACAAUUAAUAUGGCAACUUUGUCUUAUUUUAGAAUUUAUUAACAGUCUUGUCGACGCUCUCUAAGAAUAGAUCGAGAUUCUGAUUUCACUGUCAGCUCCUGGUUUAUCAAACGAUGACGCGUAAUCAAUGCGAUGCGUUCACAAUGAACGAUUGGCCAUGAAGCUACAAUAAUAACAUUAUAAACGUCCUGACACGAACGAUUGCAAGGCAAGGAAUUCCAAAAAUAGCAACGUGUAGCAACAAAAUCCCAGCGCUGUAUUCUAGUUCUUGUAAAAAAAACAUUGCUGCCACUUAUAAAAAUGAGUUAUGGAUUCGGAAAAGCACACGGUUAAACAAAUCCGCAAUUUGGACAUAGCUCAACGUCGGAAAGGGUUUUUCUUAUAGACACACAUCCCUAAGAUCCAAAGGAUGGGGCCUUGUUUGCAUCUCCUUCGGAUCUAAGGAGAUGAUGAAAACCUUCUGGUUAAUUGGUGUUUACAAUUCGCCUUGCAUCGCAUGUAUAAUGUCGAUGUACUUCGGACCUGCCUUCUGAUAACGCGCCUUCUUUAGGCGUCUCUCCCAAUUUCAAACCCUUAUUUUACCGACUUGGGGAGUCGAAAGUUCAGUUUACUCGUAAUUACGUAUUCGGUUCUUAAUAAUGUCGUAUGUGGAAAGAUUUCUUAUUGUCUCAUUUCAUUAUGUGGCGUAGUCUGAAUUAAAACAAAAAAUAUUGAAAUGGUUAUGAUCGUAUAUCAGUGCAUUUUGAUAUCAAAACAAAAUCAAUCGUAGGUGCAAUUUGUAUAGGCGGUGUGAACCUAUAAAAAGCAGCAGCACUUUUUAUCAGAGCGAUAUAAAGUUAACGAUAUUUCAAAAAAUUACCAAGUACAUGUUUAUGCAAUGUUGCAAAUCUUUACAAUGCAAACGUUUUUCUUUCACUUUGAUUUUGGGUGGUUUAUUAAUUCAUUCCCAACAACCUGAAUCUCAGUGUUCCUUCCAUUGAAAAAAAAAUAACAAUGAAAUGGAUUUUCAGAAGCUUGAAGAUCUCCGGUGUGUGGGUUCCUUUUAAAUUUUGCAAUACUCUAAAAGAGCAUCCUCACUCCUGAACAGAUUUUCUUCAAGUGUAUUGCACAAAAGCCAGUUUGUGCGCCAAUAAUAAUAUUUUGUUUGCCGGAGUGAAAGUUGAUCUAGUACACUUCCGAAGACUUAAUAACAUCUUGCAGGGUUGCCUGUGAAUUUGAUACAAACGGAUCUCUUACUCAUCUAUUCAGAAAACAAAUUUAGUACAAAGAUUCCGCUUUUCGUUCUCUCCUCCUCACGUGUAUACCUUCGGUGAAGUUCGGUCGGUGUGGGCGGUUGAUUGUGUGUGUUGACAAUCGAUACGUUCCUAAUUUGAAGCAUUUGACAUAGUUUUUUUCAGAAAGAGCAUCGAUUUCUGAAUUUCAUAAAGUUGUCAACUUCUUUUGGCGUUGUCACAACUUGAGCGGUUAAUACUGAGUCAUCGUAUAACAUCACGUACCCUGCGCGUGAAGUUCUCAUUGUCCUUCAACAAAUUCACGAACCAUGCACAUAAUUAUAUGAAAACACUAUGCUUUCGUAUAUAUGUUCUUGCAGAUGUUUAAUUCCGUCAAUCAAUCAAUCAAUCAAUCAAUCUAGUAUAGGGAGUCCAACGUGGCAGAUAAUUUGCGGACAAUAGAAAGAAUAUUGAUUCUUGAAUGCGCUACUUGUCAGGAAAUUUAGAUAACACGUGCUAUUAACCUUUUAGAAAUGGUGCUUUUGUAAUGGUUAUUAAGGUUUGCAUCCUAUAAGCAAAGAAGUUAAUUGAACAAAAAUGUUUUCGUCCCCAGAUCAUAGAAGAAAAGUCAUUGAUCUGUUGAAUAAAUAUUUCUGCAUGACAAUCAUCUACUAUAUAAACAGAUGGCGUGACACGCUUUGUCAUUGAUAUGUCGGCCGAAAAAGGUAACAUGAUCAAUACAUCGUGGAAAAAUCCAUACGGAAAGAUGAAUUCAGGUCACCAACAUCUGGGGUGCACCACAAAUGUGCUGCAUAAGUAAUCUUUGGAAACAUAGAUGUACCCAUACUUUUACAUGUUUGCCUCAUUCCUGGGAACAGCCUUGGUAAAUUUCAUGUAUUCAAAGUAACGACCUGCGAUUAAUUUCGGUUAGAUGUGUUACCUUGUGUGUUUUUUAUACUGAAACUGAAGAUUAAUCUUUUGUAAAUCUUGAAAAGCGGUCGUACCAUGCAUGCUUUCAUCAAUUUCAAGAAGAAAAAAAUUGUACGAUAUAUAUUGUAAAAAUUAAAUGUCAGGCGAUUCGUCAUCGGCUACAAUUUGACAACGUUGACCCUGUGAAAGAUGCUGAGCACCAAUUUGCCCAAUUUGCGGCCGCCAGUCUAGGUUGUAGUUGCAAAGGAAGUUAAUCAGUAACAUGCACAAUUUGGCUCGCUUCUUAUCGUACAAAAGAUUCAUUUGCCAUUUAGAUCUGUCAAACGGUGAAGUUGGGACAACAGCAAAAAAAGAUAGAUCGUCGGAGAUAAAAAGAAUCAAACCCGAAGCCCCGGGGGCCCAAGAGUGAUCAAAGACGUAUAUCGAGAUACUUUCCGGGAUAAUCAACGCGCUUUAUGUCAAAAGUGCUGAUAUGUGUCGCGACACCACUCCCCCUAAAAAUGCCACAACAAAAAUACGUGUUCCGAGUUAUGGCGUGAUGUUGCUUCAGAGGUACGCGAAUCUUAAGUCGACUCGACCGCCCCAAGGCAGAACGGAAAAUCAAGGGAUGGGAUAGAGCGAGCUUAACGGACAUCCGGCACUGACUGAAGAACUGACGUCGAAAUUACCGAACUGACAACCUGGGGACCAGAUAACUAACAGACAGUCUAGCUUCAAUCUGACAGGGGGAACGAGAUAACGAUAAAAGGGUAUUAACUAGCUCAAGAUGGACACAUCCUGCACUCUACCAGAGGGCGUAUUCUUCUUUUACUCAAUGCAUUAUUUAAAAAGGCAAUUUCGUAUUCAAUUCUUAUUUAUAUACAUUGCAGGCUCCAGGUUGAAUACUGUUUUAAUUAGAUGGGACCAAAUUUGGUGUCGCAGCUCAUGUGAUGGGCUGAAAACAUAUGUAAUCCUUAUAAGAAAAAAAAUGAGGUUACAUCAUGCUUAGGGACACAAUGCCAAUGCCCCACUUUUAUUUCACGCUUUAAUAGUCUGUUUCGGCAACACUGUGACUACGGAAGACACACAGACAAAGGUACGGACUGACCGACAAAUUGACGGUAAUUCGUCAAGUUGUAACAUGUUGGGGACAAAAGACUUACAUAGUUGACUGACAAUGAAUAGCUCGACCAUCCCAUCGAGUAAUCAAUAAUUAAUUUUCAAACAGGGACUCACGGCAAAGAGAACAUUACAAGAAAAUUUCUACUUGAAUAAUAAGCAAAUGAUCCAUUUAUAAAUGCAAAGUUCUUAAACACAGAGGCUGUAUUUUGCGGCAGUUGUAUUAGCCCUUUUUCAGUCACUGUGGUUAACCCUACAACAAUAUGAGAUUGAAUUGUUUACGUUUCAAUCAAAAGUUACCAUCCAUCGAUUGAUUUGCAAGCUGACCCUUAAACUGUCAGUGUUCGAUAACAAACAUGACAUAUUUCCAACCCAGAUUAAAAGUGCAUCGUGACCUAUCAUCGUUCUAGUUUGAGAUCAAUAAUAGUGAAAUACUUGAAAUUGCUUUGACGCAGGCCAGGAUUGUUUGAUUCAUCCUAUAGCCCUCGUUCCUCAUCGCUUUUGCGGCCGGCAAGUGCCGAUAACCUUCGCUUUCGAUGAAAUAUACAUCUGCUGGUAUUUGGCGCGAGAAAUACCAAAAGUACGUUCACCCUAUCAAAACUAAUGUCUGUACAUACACGCCGACGAGAUUUUAUAUUGUUGAAAUCCAUGAAUAUUUAUCAGGGUAUUGUCCAGGCGGCGAAAACUUAUCAAUUUCUUUCACCUCGCUAUCGUUGCCGAGGGGCUGACAGCGUAGACACCGCCAAAUCAUUAGAACUUCCCGCCGAAAUAUUCAUGGUCAUGAUCCUGCCGCUGUUUGCAAUUGCCAAUGCAAAACAAGCAGUGUGAUAUCCUUCACUGCCUCGAAGUGAUAAUAUUAAAGAACAUUAAGGAGCACUUUCAAGAGGAAUUCAGAGUAAGAAAAGACUUUCAACAAUACGAUAAUUGGUUAAUCAGACACCUGUCGUGCAAGUGCAUUAUUUGAAACUCUCUUAUAUUUUUGAAAAUCGGAAUUGGGUUGUUGAUCGACUCUGCAUUAAGAAUUAGUCAAUACAAUUAUGCUCCUACAACUGUUUGUGUAUGAAAUUUACAUUAUGGAAAGAUAUGAUCAAUUCAAAAUAAUAUGUAUAUGUGUUGCAAGUAACGCAUUACAUUAAUACUUCAUAAAUUGCUUCAAUCUCAGAUUUUUAAAACAGGAUUUGGAAUAGCUAAUAAAAUCCGACGUUUAUUCUCAAUCGCCGGCAUAAAAUCUCUUGAAGUCGAAAGCAACCAAUGUUAAAUAACGCAGCCCGACACACACGGAAUGUUUGUGUUUAAACAUAAAUCAUUAACCAUGGUGGAACAGAUGGUAAUGAGUUACCACACGUUAAAUUAUUGUAUUGUCAAAGAUUAAUAUCUCUGUCAAAAUGUCCGAGAAAAACACAUAAAUAAUGGUGCGAGCCUGAAAGCUGAAUGUGGACACGCAUUUCUAUUUAAAAAAAAUGACAAUCCAAUUCAGUAGUUCCAACUUAAAUUGGUAAAAUGAAAAGGUUCUGACCAUAAAAUAAUCUUGACUUUGUUGGACAAAAUGCAAAUGCGGUACAAUACAUUGCCUCUUUUUUAAUGUGCGUUUAUUGAAACUCUUGUGCUUUUUUCUUACCGGUUAAUAUAUUUUGUUUUAAAUAAAUGUAACUACAUUUUCCAGUACGAAAAAAAGCUUUUUGACUGACAUCGUUCUUUGAUUGCCAGCAUCUGUAUUUUGUGUUGUCUAUAUCAAAGGUAGUUGCAUGUCAUUUGUUUGUAUUACCAUUGUGCUGUGUUAUGUGUAGAUUAGGUAGACACGAGCAGUGGUGGUAAUACUGAAAGCAGCAUGCGAUUCUAAACGGUGCAAUUAAUCUGAAUUAAACUCAUACAUUGAGACACAAAUCACUGACAGUGAUGUGUUUGCGACAGCAUUUUUGUUUCACUAAUAUCAGUAAUUUUAGUUCAAUUAUAAUGAUUUGAUGUACGGACUGAUUUUUUUGUACAAUUGUUUCAGUUGCUUCGAAUGUGCUGUUAUUGGAAAGGAAGACUUUUGAGUCGAAUUGGUAACUUGUCCCCAACUGUUUUCUUUGUACGUCUAUACCAGUAUACGUCUAUACCAAAUGUACAAAUAAAAGUAAAUCACGAUUUGAUGUUUAAUGUUCACUCACUUAAAACUUGUAGAACUGAUGUAAAGUAUACCGUAAUAUAUAUGCCAUGAUAAGUAUAAUUGAGCACGAGUUUAUUUUGUUGUGAAUCGAAAGCUUGAUGUUGUCAGCGAUAUAUGUAAAUACAUUAUUUCAGAUUUGAACAAAACAAUAAUAAUAAUGUGAUUUCAUUAAGUCAGCUGCUGGAUCAAACUGAAUUGUUUUUUUUUGUUAAUAUUCUGUAAAUAAAUACUAAUGAUCAACGAAUCG